AUGGCGGCUUUCAACCAAGCACACAAACUCAAAUUACUGCUACUUUGGUUCCUUCGUAGGAGAGAAAAAAGAGGUAAUAAAAUAUUAGAGAAAAAAACCCUGCUGAGAUCAGAUGCUUAUUCAACGAAUAAACUCCGAAUUACAUUUUUGAAAGCAAUAUUAGUUUGUGUUAACCGUCCACGUUAUAGAGCACUGUGGAUGCAUCCACGAUCACUUACCUGGUUCGAGAUGGUAGAUCGAGAGUAUGAUGACGAACUUUGGUAUUCAAACUUUCGAGUUACAAGGGGGACAUUCGAAUUUCUUUUAAAUAAAGUCAUGGAAUAUAUACGCUGCAAAGAUACAGUCAUGCGUUCUGCAAUUUCGGCGAAGCGACGGCUGGCCAUUACAUUAUACUUCUUGGCAUCCACUGCUGAAUAUAGGACUAUAGCCAAUUUAUUUGGUGUUUCAAGAUCGUUCGUGUGUUUAUGC